AUGAAAAGCCCUAUAAAUGUAAUGAGUGUGGCAAAUCCUUCUGUGUCAAGUCAGGACUUAUUUUACAUCAGAGAAAACACACAGGUGAGAAACCCUAUAAAUGUAAUGAAUGUGGAAAAUCAUUCAGUCACAAAUCAUCCCUCACAGUGCAUCACAGGGCUCACACAGGAGAGAAGGCUUGUCAAUGUAAUGAAUGUGGGAAAAUUUUUUACCGAAAAUCAGACCUUGCUAAACAUCAGAGAUCACACACAGGGGAGAAGCCCUAUGAAUGUAACAUGUGUGGAAAAUACUUCUCGCAGAAGUCAAACCUCAUUGUACAUCAGAGAACACACAUGGGAGGAAAAUUUUAUUAUUGAAGUGCAUAUUAGAAAUGUUGAGCCACAAUUCAGCACCCACUACAACUCAGAGAGUUCAGAUGUGGAGAAAGUUCUCUUGAUAUUCUGA